GGAAUGCUGCAGACUUGGUUACAGCUGUCUGAUAUGUCGACAUAUGCUGGAGUUUUCUGUGCCAUCGUUUUGUUCUUGGCCGUGAGUGCCAAAAGCUGUGACCUGAUUCCCACACUCGGGCCGCCAUGGAUGCACGAUGCGGAAGAGGACUUCAUAGAAGACGUCUGUCGUAAAGCACUGUUUGGGAACACUUGCGAACCAGUAGAAAUCAGUCCCUGGUCUACACACGUUACCGUGAGCCCCCUAGCAAAUGGUACCCGAACUUCAGAAGUAUGGAUUAAAAGACGAUCUGCAGAGCUCCGACACAUUGCUGGUUCCCUGAUCCGGGCUCCGAAGUACUGGAAGCACUACAGAGGGACACACCUGCCUCAGCAUAAAGGUCUACACCUGGUACACGUGACUCCAGAGACUGGAUCUGGCAAAGAGGAAAAGAAGAAGGAAGGAAUGACACAAAGACGAUGUUUUUAGUCCGAGUUACUCUCGGUCGUCUGUUU